AUGCUAGCCAUCGUACCGUGCUAGCCAUGCAUGCUAGCCAUCGUACCAUGCUAGCCAUGUGUAUUUUAGCAUUUGUGCUGCUUUAAAUACUCCAAUCCAUAUGGUGUACAUGAGUACAAGUACAUGAGUAUCUAAAUAUAAACAUAAACAUCAAGUGUUCUUCUCGUGGUCUCCUCAGGCACGUCUCAGCCAAGUGUUGACAUAAAUCAUCAGACGUGUCCUCAUUCUGCUGCCCUCAAGCCCCCUGAUUUGGGGGGGGGGGCCUUCAACGGCAGUCAAGCAUGACUGUUUCCACCCCGCCCCCCACCCUCUCCUCUCCCGCAACCUUAAGUGACUGAUGCUUCCGGGUUGCCAGGUGCCCACCCCCAUGCUCACGCCGUGUGUGCAGUCUCCAUGGCAACACGUGCAGGCAGCACCCAAGCCCCCGGCUGAUGAUUGCUGUUCCAUUCAACACCCCCAUGUGAUUGUACACAAUGCAACUUUGCCCUUGGGUAAAGUCCUCAAGGACGGUCCAAGUCCUCGUUUAUUCACCUGUUUGUUCCAGCGACAUGCUAAUGAUGGCCUCGGGUUACUAAGAACAGGACUUGCUUGAGUUGUUGGAUGAAGGUCAACAUGGUGCUCCAUCACGGCUGCAGCUCCCUGCGAGCCUCGGUGCCCUCUGGUGGCCAAAGAUCGGAACCGCAACCUCGGAGUCUGUGGAGGAUUUGGAAAACAAGAAAAAGUACACAAGAAAACCACGUAGACGCGUCUGUUGUGUCCUUGACCUCACUGGCAGAGGUCAUCGUUCCUAAGGGUCCUGGCUGUUUCAUAAGGUUGUUUGUGGGCGUGUCAGGAUGCACGCGGCCUUCGAGAUGGAUGACAUCAUGCAGACUAAAUAUAGCAAAAAUAUAAAUAUAAAUAUAGUAAAUAUGGCCCAGACUGUUUUAUUCAUUGAUUUAAACAACAAUCAAGGUGCAUUUUUCACGUUUUAUAACAAACAUCAUAACAUAAAUACAUGUUGUAGUUAAUAUUUCUUUUGUUUUACAUUUUAAAUGAUAUGAAUGACAUUAUAUGAAUAACAUUAUUCCGUAAUGACCACAAAUUGAAAGAAACUAAGAUGGUAUUUAAUAUGGUUCAUCAGCAGCACCCCCUGCUGGUCAACAUGUGCAAUAGCAACCGCUUAUCAUUUGCUUCCAUUACCCCCCCCCCCCCCCCCCGAGUUCUUUAGUCCUUAGCCGAUCCAAGACACUCACACCCUCCCCUUUUAUUAUUAUUUGAACAUUGGCCUUUUACAUGUUGCCAUGGAAACCAGGCCAGGCUUGUGGCCGCCUCCAGAUGGAUGGAUGAUGGAUGGAUGGAUAGUUGAUGGAUGGAUGGAUGGACGGACAGACGGACGUAAGGAAAGAAGGAAGGAUGGAUGGAUGGUUGACGGAUGGACGGACGGACAGACAGAUGGAGGGAAGGAAGGAAGGAAGGAUGGAUGGAUGAGUGGGUUGCGUGGAUGGAUGGAUGGUUGAUGGACGGAUGGACGGAUGGAUGGGUAGAAGGAUCGAUGGAUGCAUGGACGGAUGGAUAGUUGAUGGAUGGACGGAUGGAUGAAUGGAUGGAUGAGUGGGUUGGGUGGAUGGAUGGAUGGUUGAUGAAUGGAUGGACGGAUGGAUGGGUAGAAGGAUGGAUGGAUGCAUGGACAGAUGGAUAGUUGAUGGAUGGACGGACGGACAGACAGAUGGAGGAAAGAAAGGAAGGAAGGAAGGAAGGAUGGAUGGAUGGAUGGAUGGAUGGUUGAUGGACGGAUGGACGGACGGAUGGACGGACGGAUGGAUGGAUGGAUGGAUGGAAGGUUGCCGACCCCUUUGGUAGACGGUUGCAUUGCGUGGUCUCGUGGUCACAAAGGUCAAGGUUCACUCAUCCUGUCUGCAGGUCUAUUUAUAGUACGUGUAUUGGCUAGUACAGUACAGACUAUGUACAGUACAGUACAGACUAUGUACAGUACAGUACAGUACAGUACAGUAGGACUAAGCACAGCUUGUUGUAAAGGCAGUGAGCUAUUAUGGGAUGUCUUCCAGAGAGAUCCGGCAUUGCCAGGAAGGGAUGCUCCAUGGCAUCGGUUUGUCCAAGUGUUGUCCAACCUGCCAUCGCUUUGACGGGGAGACAAACGUCCUUGCUAACAGUCUUUGUGUGAUGGACACGCCCCUCCAUUGUCUCUCCCUCCACCGGGCGGCCAUGUCUGCUCAGUCCACGGUGGGAAGGCCCACAAUAACCGGUUUAGUCGGUGCAUUAUCGGAUCAUUUUACAUCAUCUGAGAAACAUGAGAGCAAAGUCUUGUCUGCUCCCCCCACAAGACAACAAGCGUCCAUUUUUGCCACCACUUUGACCCCCUCCACACACACACACACACGCACACACACACACACACAGCCGGAUCAAGCAGCAGACCUCCAAAUGAAAGUUUAAUGAGCCUUUAAGAAGUCCUAAUGUCGCUUGAUGUCCUCUAAUGAUCUUCCCGCCGGUGGCCACGCCUCGAUGCUCGCUCCUCUCUCGCCACGCAUCUUCUGACAGUUGUUGUCCGCUCGACCGCUCCAACUUGGCUGAUUGCUUGCUGGGGACCGUCAGACCCGCCCGACACCGCCCGGAACCGCUGAGUCCACUCGCUGCACAGAACCAUGACUUUUCCUUUAAGAAAAACCGUCUCAGGUAGGCUGCAUCCUAUUUUUAGCAUCCUUGUCUUCUCAUGGUCAACUCCACGGGGAGCUGUCCGUGGUGCUGAUUCCUCUUUCAUUCACUUUGGGCACAUUUUGUUGUUCUGGGUUUAUUUCCCAAGUUCCCGAAUCACAUGACCCCCCCAGCAGUGAAUUAGUGCAGGGUUGCAGGUACCAUACCCCUGCUAGUGGUUUGCUUCUGGACCCUCCAUACUUUCACUUCCUGUCAACUCCUCAGCUACAAAAAAUGUACCUUGAACUUGAGUAGUCAUUCCUUUAAGGUGCAUUACUGUGAUUGAAGGACAUAUAUGCCCCCCCCCCCCAUCAAGUCAAGUGGUAUCUGCAGUAGACGAGUCCCAUUUUGUCAUAUAAAAUGUAUUUACAUAUGAAAAUGUCACAGUCUUAGUGACCUGCGGACAGUAGCUAAAAAAAAGCUGUGCAAUGUUUGCUUCUGGACGCUAGAUGGCGCCAACGGUUAGGUUGUGGAAGCACUCGACAUCACCACCCUCUUUGGAGAUCCAUGGAUGCUUAGCGUUGAAGUAAAACAUCAGUUGCUAUGGAAUGGAAGGAGUGACGUUUAAUGGAGCAUAUAUAUAUAUAUAUAUGCUAUAUAUAUUCAUAAAGACUUGCUCAGGUGUCCCCCAUCACCUGAUUUCCUGGUCCCUAUUUAGUUCCUCUGGUUCCUCCUGUUAGCUGCAAGUUGGUUGAACACUCAUGUCUUGUUCUAGUGGUCCUUGCUACGGCCUCGCCUUUUUUCUGACCCUCAUCUGCUUUUGGACCCCUUCUUCUUCUUCCUUAUUGGAUGACUUCCUGUGUACCCCACCCCCAACAACCCUACCCCCUGUAGUGCCUGCCAAUUCUGCCUUUGGGUCCUCCUACCCACGUCCUGCCACGACACCAUGCUGAGUUUCAUCAGCUUGUCCCACCAAUCCCUUGAUCCCCCCCCCCCCACCCCCCAGCUUGGCAAUUUGAUUUGUUUAUGUUAUGAUAUGUUUAUUCAACAUCAGCUUAAAAGGAUGUAAAAAAGGACUUAAAUCCCAAAUGGAUCCACAUUUGUUGUCCUCUUUCUUCCCAUGGAAGUUUCUAUUUCAAUCAAUCUUUCAAUCCUAAUUGGAAAAAUAUGGAUUCAUAUUCGUAUUUCCAUAUUUGUAUUCAUAUAUUCGUAUUGGUACUCCCAUUGAUAUUGGCAUUGUGGUCCCACAGCAGCAUCACGUGGUUGAAUGAUCUUAUUUUGGCGGGAUCAUCUUUUACAUAACCACAAAGUGCGGAAUAAGCACAACGUAUGGUUUGAAAUGGAUAUGAAAUAUUACCCCGAUCAUGUUGAUAUUAGCACUCCCUCGCACACGCACACACGAUGGCUUGGCUAUGCGCUCCCCUCGCCCCCUCCGCCCCCCCCGAGCGGCUCAUUGUGCAACUUGGAGGUGGGAUGCUGUCAGGCAGCUCUCGGCAGUCUGCGCCUCGCCUCCAACAUGAGGGGCGCCGCCGCUCUCCGCCUCGCCUGACUGGUGGAGGGAAGGCAGUCCUUCUGUGCCUCCCUGCUGCGUGGCCGGCAUCGGCGUUGCGGUCUUAGAGGGAGCAAACAGGUGUGCCGUGCGGUGAGGAGCGUCUUUGCCACCAUGGAAUUCUUGGACCGCCGGAGCACGUUUUCCUUUUAAAGCCGGACUUCUUUGCUGCGACUGAGCGGAGCCGCUGCAGCUCGCUGCUUUAUUGAGCAAGUGCAGGCGUUGUUUCCCAGCCUGACUUGUGAGGACACUCAGGGGGGGGGGCAGCGCUCAUCUCCAGGCUGCCAAAGUGGCCAUGGCCGCAGCCAUCGCCAGCUCCCUCAUCCGGCAGAAACGGCAGGCGAGGGAGCGGGAAAAGUCCAACGCCUGCCGCUGUGUCAGCAGCCCCAGCAAGAGCAAAGGGACCUGCGACAAGCCCGGGCGGCUCAACGUCUUCUCCCGGGUCAAACUCUUCGGCUCCAAGAAGCGGCGCAGGAGACGGCCAGAGCCCCAGCUGAAGGGGAUCGUGACCAAGCUGUACAGCCGCCAGGGGUUCCACCUGCAGCUGCAGGCAGACGGAACCAUUGAUGGAACCAAGGAGGAGGACAACGGCUACGCCAUGUUCAACCUUAUUCCAGUGGGUCUGCGAGUGGUGGCCAUCCAGGGGGUGCAGACCAAACUCUACCUGGCCAUGAACAGCGAGGGCUUCCUGUACACGUCCGAACACUUCACGCCGGAAUGCAAAUUCAAGGAAUCGGUGUUCGAGAACUACUACGUGACCUACUCCUCCAUGAUAUACCGCCAGCAGCAGUCGGGCAGGGGCUGGUACCUCGGUCUGAACAAGGAGGGGGAGAUCAUGAAGGGCAACCACGUGAAGAAGAACAAGCCGGCGGCCCACUUCCUUCCCAAACCUCUGAAAGUGGCCAUGUACAGAGAGCCAUCCCUCCACGACCUAACCGAGUUCUCCCGCUCCGGCAGCGGCACGCCCACCAAGAGUCGGAGUGCCUCGGCGAUGCUGAACGGCGGCAAAGCUGUGAGCCAGAACGAGUCGACGUAGCCCCGCCUUUGGGACUGAACCUUGAAACCUUACCUCCAGCAGAGCGCGAAUCCAAGCAGACCCUCUCUUGUAUCGGCGGUUCAGCACUCGCUGCAUCAUACCAAACAUUUACAUCGAUAACCGUCCUUUGAAAACACGGACGCUUCACCUUCUCUUCACAUUUAGUCUCUUCUGGGCUGCUUUGUUAUCUAUUUACUCACCACUUCUAUUAUCGUUUCCUGAGCACCGCAGCUUUACCGAGGUCAGGUAGACACGCCGCACCCGCCGCACCCGCCGCACCCGCACGUCCGUCACACAGGGACAGGAAGCCAGCGGGCAUUCGGGGCAACCAGGGGUACAGAACAAGCCCCGAUCUCCAUCUCAUCCGUGCUUGCGUGAAAACCAAGCCUAUGAACUCCCUGGCGCGGCCCGAGGCCCGGCCAGACCGUAGCUACCCUGGCGUCCUCGUGCACGCGCCCAGCACGGGAAGUCCGGUUCCGCUGACCUGACAGGUCUCCGUGCGGCGGCAGAGACGCCACGGCUGCCCUUUUGUCUGCUCGUUUCACAUUCGCCGACGAGCUUUCCUUCUCGACUUCCACCGGUUUCUGUUGGCGCCCUCUUGUUGUCCAACCCUCGCCAUUGGUCGCCAUUGUUUGUCACACCGUUGAAAAAGGUUCCAGCAAACCAAAGACUGAACGAAAGAGUGUCCCUUUAAGUCGGCAAAGCUGGGUUUUUCCCCCCCGAUGUAUAUUUUUCCGAGGUUUGGGACUUUUGCAAACAAGAGGAAGUGAUGUCAUUCACAUUGGAGUGUUUUCUCUGAGGUGGAAAACUUGGAUUCGGUGUCGCCAUAACCUUCUUGUCCUGUCACAAUGUCUGUCUCUGGUCCCCGUGAUCUGGUUCCUCCCUCUGUGCUCGUGUCAUAACCCUCGUCAUCCUCUCUCCUCCACUUUAUCGCCUGGCCAUCGAAGUAUGGCGCCGGCCCCUCCCAGGAUUGUCAUGUGUUUGAGUAACUUAUUGUGGUGAUGAUAUUUUCUAUAUUUAAAAAAAAGAAUACUGUGGACUUUUAGGUGGCUUAAUAUUUUGUAGGGACAUGUCAUAUUUGUAAAAGUCAAAAAACAACCCAUAAAAAGGGGCGGGGCAGGGUUCCUUUCUUGCACAGGGCGUGUACCAACAAGGUGUACAAAGAGGAGCCUUUUUGAGUCCUUCAAGCUCCGUAUGACUUCUUUCUGGUCCACGCUUUUUGGCUGGACUUUCUGUUCCUGGGUUCCCUCGGGAGGUGGUUUGUAUCUGUUGCAUGGGAAGAACGCAGGAAGUCCUGGUCUAGAGCUGCAUGAUGUAGGCCAUAUGUAAUUAACCCACGUUGGAUCUGAUGUUCCAAGCUACCAGGAGAAGGCAAGACGUCCGAGCUGCCUGAUGACUUCCAGUUUCUUAUUUGUUGUAUACACAAAAAUGCACUGAAUAAAAUCUUUAUAUUAAGAUAUACUUUUAAAAUGUGUCGGAGUUUCUUCUUUGAUUUCCAACCUGUGGCCAGUUGGCUUUGGGAUGCAGCCAUCCAUCCGUUUUCUAUGCCGCUUAUCCCCACUAGGGUGGAAGUGUGCUGGAGCCUAUCCCAGCUGUCUUUGGGUGAGAGGCGGGUGCACCCUGGUCUGGUAUGUGAUACUUGUUGCUUAUUACUUCAAUGACUAGUGACUUUAAUACAACGGAUUACAAGCGCAGACGUCCAUAUGUCCUCCAUGCUCAGUAGCAUAAACGCUACGCACGGUACCUGGUCUAACUUGGUAGACCAGGCUCGGCGCACGGCAGGUGGGAACUGAACAGUUAAAAAUGGAUCCUACAGCCAGAUUUGAACUACCAACUUUAUAUUCCUCCUUGUUU